AUGUCUACGCCGCUUAGGAUGACGACGCCGCUGGGUGUAUCCUUAUCAUCCGACCUGAAACGUGCCUUGCAAGACAAUGAAAAGCUGACAAGGGACGUGAGCGAUGCAAAACUUUUGAAAGAAGAUGCUGAAAUAAAACUGAAAAAAAUUAGGAAUAAGCUUAAUGGAGAGCACUCUGAAAAAUUGGGAAAGUUGAAUGAUAAGUACAAGGCUGUACAAGAAGAACUGAAAACGAUGAAACAGAGUUGGACGCAGUUGAAACGGGAGAAAGGAGUUUUGGAAACUGAAAACCGUCGUUUGGAAACUGCAAAAAGUGGAUUAGAUCGGCAACUUUUAGGAAAAAAUGAUGAAUUACGAAUGGCAGAUGUGGAAGUGGAAGAUGUUAAGAUGAUUCGGGACCUGAAAGCAGGGAAACGGCCACCUUUCACAACUGAAUUCAAAAAUCUCAUCAGCAGGAGCGAGAAGUUUAGGAGAAUAGAGAAAGCGAGAGCUGAACUUCAGCGAUGUGGUGAGAAAUACCUACAAAUACAGUUAUUUAAAGUGAUUUUAGGCGGCGAAGCUUCUGAAUUUUAUCGCUUCUGA